GGCAGAUGGCUGCAGACUUGGACAUAAAGAAGAGCACCACAAGGGUCAAGGUAUACAUCUAAGCAAAACAACAAACCAAGAUCAUGGCGCAUCACAACAGAACAGCAAAUGUUAAUCAGGGAACAAAGCCAGCUGACUUGUUCUUAUGUGAACGGGAGCCAGAAAAACCAGAGAGCUCCAAACUAAGCUUCUGCACGGACAGAGCACGGGAGAAAAUGGAGCUACAUUUGGAGGUGCUGCCGAGUUCAACCACUACAGAAGAUAACAUUUUGAGGCGAUCCAGCAGCGCCCCUUUGAUCAGUGGCCUUGGUGAUAAUUCACAAUUGUUACAAUCUGAUUCAAUAACAACUCGAAGAAACAGUGCAACAUGUAUGACACAACACAGUCUGAAGAACAACGAGGUACAGAAACCAUCCUCUGCAAACUGCACUGAUUUAAUUCCAGCAUCUGCAGCAGCUUCUCUCACCGAGGUGACUGGCAAGAAGAAGUCAAAGUGCCGCCAGUACUAUUAGAUCAAGUGUCCUUGGCCCAUUAAAAGGAAAAGGUGAAAUGACAUCUGAACACCAUCCAGAGAGAAUUUUCCAAGACACAACCAACAUGCUUUCUUCUGAUACUAAUCCCAGUGUUUGAUAGGAAUGUGUGCUUUCAGUCAAGAUAUAGACCACUUCCAUGGAAAUGUCCACUGACCUUUCAUCAUUAAUCUUCUACUCCUACCACCGGCUCCAGAUGACCACUGAUCUCCUUUUUAUCAUCACUACAGGUUAUUACAGAAUAUUGACUAGAGUUCACUGUACCAUACACUAGUUUAAAUAAAAACUCUUCAAAAGUUGAAAAUUUAAAGAUACAUCUGCUUAGCAAGUGUACGUAGGAGAAGAGCUGGCUUAGACAGAUGUAGAACUGCCCAGUCUGCUUAAGGCAUACCAACUGAAUAGUUUAGUCCAAAACAUCAGUUCUAUAGAUUAAAAACUUGAAAAAGGCCACAUGCAUUCUGACAUUUUUUUCCCCAAUGAAGAAACUAAGAUGAAAAAGGAAAAGUUUGUUCCUAAGUCUGUAGUUCUAAUCCUCAACAACCAAGGAAUUAUGGUGUGUGGGGGUGGGGUUCUCUUAAAAGAAAAAUUGGCUAAACGAAGGGUUUUGUAGGGUACUUAAAAGAAAUGCAGGAUUCUGCUUGAUGUUUGUUAACUUUUUUAUUUUGAAAUAAUUAUACUCAUAGGAAGUUGCCCUUCACGCAGUCUCCCCCAAUGAUUACAUCACACAUAAUUAUAAUUUCAUAUAAAGGCCAGAAAUUUGACAUAGGUACAAUGUCUGUGUAUAAUUCUAUGCUCUUUUAUUACAUGUAUAGGUUCAUGGAACCACCACCACAAUCAAGACACAAAACUAUUCUGUCACGACAAAGAUCUCCCUGGUGUACCCCUUUAUAGUCACACCAACCCUGUCACCCUCCACCAUCCCUAAUGUCUGCUGCUGCUGCUAAGUGGCUUCAGUUGUGUCCAACUCUGUGCAACCCCAUAGAUGGCAGCCCACCAGGCUCCCCCAUCCCUGGGAUUCUCCAGGCAAGAACACUGGAGUGGGUUCCCUAAUGUCUGGUAACCAUUAAUUUGUUCUCCAUCUCUAUAAUUGUGUACUUCUAAAAGUACAGUUUCCUUUAGGAAAUGGAUUUGCACUCUAGUUUUCACAGAAUCUCAGGUUUGAAGGAAUAACUUCUCCAGGCCAGUCUCCCUUCCCAUGCCCAGAUUUUACCUACUACCUCUCUUCUAAGUGUCCAGCCAGCCCCUGUGACAUGCAAACCAGAACCUUCUCCAGGAUUUUAGAAUGUUGAGGUAUUUCAUAUAAAUAGUUAGAGCAAGGAUAUUGUUUCUUUCCAUAAAUUUGUUCAGUAGUUAGCAAAACUCUUACCUUUAGGUUAAAUUUACAAAAUGCCCUCUCACCUGCUGAUUUUCCCAUCAGACACUGAGAGGAAUGAAACAUUGGAAGCCUGAAAGGCUCACAGAAAAUUCCAGAAAUCCUUUAACUAUAGGUUAGCCUGGCUCCCAGCAAUUGGGGCCUUUCAAAUGUAUGUGGUUCAUGUGUGGAAUUUAUUUCUUGGGCUGAUAAGUGUCAUUCUGUGAGAUAAUCUUACUGUAGCCCAACUCCCCAGGAUUCCCUUGUGGGGAACAGAGUUUUACAGGGCACCAUGAAGGCAAUGGCACCCCACUCCAGUACUCUUGCCUGGAAAAUCCCAUGGACAGAGGAGCCUGGUAGGCUGCAGUCCAUGGGGUUGCUA